GUUACUACGAAAAAAAAAAACCCAAAACCCAAAAAAUCAACAAAAAUGGAGAUUCUCCGCAAAUUCAAAUUUACCGGGAGAUCCAAGUCUCCGAUCUUUGCUUUCACAAUCACCGGCCUAGCUCUAACUGCCGUCACUAGCAGCGCCGCCGCCGUCUCUAUUUUCCGAGACUCACCUUCCAAUAAAUUCGCGACGGCGGUAGAAGGCGUAGUCCGUUCUUCUCGCGCUAUCUACUCCAUCACUCUCACUGUCGCCGAUUACAAGUAUAGCUUGCGUAGAUUACCAGCAGAUUCCGAUGAGUAUCUUCAGAGAUUAACAGAGGUUCAUUCACGGUCUGCUAAACGAAUUCUUAAACUUUGUGAAAGUAAUAAAGGUUUUUAUGUGAAAGCUGGUCAGUUUGUGGCUACGUUGAAGUUGGUUCCGAAAGAGUACUCUUUGGCUCUUUCGUCGUUGCAAGACAAGGCAGUUCCUUGUAAUUUUCAAGAAAUAAAGCACGUUCUGACAAGUAAUUUGGGUCAAAAUCUCACAGAGAUAUUUUUAUCUUUUGAUGAGGAACCAAUUGCGGCAGCAUCUAUUGCUCAAGUACAUCAUGCUGUAUUGAAGAAUCACCAGGAAGUAGCAGUAAAGGUGCAAUACCCUGGAUUGAAGCAGAACAUGAAGUUAGAUACAAUGAUCAUGUCGUUCCUUUCAAAAUCAGUGGCAAAGAUAUUUCCAGAAUACAGAUUUGAUUGGCUAGUUUAUGAAUUCGUAAAGUCAAUUUCCCAGGAACUUGAUUUUAUACAGGAGGCAAAAAAUUCAGAGAGAAUUGCCAAAAACUUCAAACAUAACAAAAUGAUUACAAUUCCUACGGUGUUUUGGGAGUUCACAACUACUCAAGUCCUGACAAUGCAGUUUUGCAAGGGUUUCAAGGUUGAUGAUGUGGAAUCCCUCAAAAGCUCUAAUGUAAGUCCACAAAAGGUUGCUAAAGUAUUGGUUGAAGUGUUUGCUGAAAUGAUAUUUGUUCACGGGUUCAUACAUGGCGAUCCGCAUCCUGGAAAUAUACUAGUUUCUCCUGAAGGCCAGAAUGGCUUCUCUCUAGUUCUGCUAGACCACGGGAACUGUAAAACAUUGGAUGAAGGAUUUAGGCGGGACUUUUGUCGGUUGUGGGAGGCUUUAAUUCUUCUUGAUUCGAACAAGAUACAAGAAUUAGGUAAACAGUUUGGAGUUGGAAAAUAUGCCAAAUUCUUCCCCGUCAUUUUUACCGGAAGAACUAGUGACAGCAAAUCAGGACUGGGAAAAGGAAUGUCUAUACAAGAGAGGCAAAAACUGAAACAAGAGCUCAAGCUUCUGAGAUUGGAAGAUGUAACAACUUUCAUGGGGUCUCUUCCACCUGACUUUCUAACCGUACUGCGAACAGAUGGACUCAUACGUUCAAUCACUCUGAAGUUAGGUGCUCCACAACGGGUGAGACUACUAGCUUAUGCGAAAUAUGCGGUAUACGGGCUUGGCUACAAACCAACUUCUGAACUAGAUUUUGUUGAGAAGUCGAUAAUCUCCAGAUCUGUAAUGAUAAUGAGUUACCUUCGGUUACGUUUUAUUCUGGAAUUGAUGGAACUCUUUCAAGGAAUGAAGAAGCUAAAACAUACCAUCUACGGUUUCUAUGGGCAACUCGUUGGCGGUAUCACAAAUAGUGUAAAGCGAAUUACAUGCAGCGUAUGAAAUUAUUAUUAUGAUGUCGAAAUUGGUUUAAAAGUGUCUCUGAAAUAUUUAUUUAUUUGGACGGAUAUAAGUGAAUCGACUCUUUGGCAUUUGAUGUUGUCACAGAUAAUCAGAACUAGGAAGUUAAGAACCCAUAUAAUUUGUGGGUUUGGUAUUUUAUUUUAUCCCUAAA